UCAACACACAAUACGUUUGCGGACUGAAGCUGCAACACCAGAAGCUCCUCCCUUUCAACACAUCUGGAACAAAGUGGAAAAGCGGAGAAGCACAUGCCAGCAACAACUCUGUCUGAGUCAAUUUGUAUCAGUGGAAAAAAGUCCUAAAAAUUGGGUUAGAAAGAGAAGUUACUUUUCUCCUGCAGGCUUAAAGUGCAGCUCCUCCACCUAACUUUGGACUGCUGGCUUCCUGAACACACCCCAGUGCUCCAUUUCUCCGAUCAAAGAGUCAAGCUUCAACCUGUCCAUCAUCACUGACUGACAGCACCUAACUGCAGGAUGCCAUUAGGGGGAGGAAACAAGUGUGUGUGCUGUAAGAAGACAGUUUAUUUUGCAGAGGAGGUGCACUGUGAUGGCGGGAGCUUCCACAAGUCCUGCUUCCGGUGCAUGGUGUGUGGGAAGAACUUGGACAGCACAACUGUGACUGUUCAUAAGGAUGAAGUUCACUGCAAGUCAUGCUAUGGCAAGAAGUACGGGCCAAAAGGCUACGGUUAUGGCGUGGGAGCAGGGACACUCAACAUGGACACGGGAGAGUCUCUUGGGAUUGCACCCGAAGAACCUGCUCCUCAUCGUCCCACCAGCAACCCAAACCCAUCCAAGCUGGCUCAGAGGUUUGGAGGGUCAGACAGAUGCCCUCGCUGUGGCAAGGCUGUCUACGCUGCUGAGAAAGUGAUUGGAGCUGGGAGUGCGUGGCAUAAGAUUGGAUGUUUCACUUGUGCUUCGUGUAACAAGAGCCUUGAGUCGACCACACUAGCUGAUAAGGAUGGAGAAAUCUACUGCAAAGCAUGUUAUGGCAGAAACUUUGGUCCCAAGGGAUUUGGAUACGGACUGGGAGCCGGGGCACUUUCUCACACUCAGUAGAGGCCACACUGGGAUGUUCUUUGACAGAUUUCCAGAAAGCUGCACUCCUGUCUUCUUCCUGCAGAGGCCAGCCUGCUGCCAGGAAACACGCACCUGACAGACAGACAGACGGACACAUGCUUGAUUAAAAAGCUGCAUUAUUACUGUACAGUGGAAAACACCAUUUAUUACUUAUAUAGGCCAAACAUGAUCACCAGUUCUGUUACAGUAACAUUAUCCACAUUUAAUGCUAAAACAUUACUUUUUCUUAAUGCUGCAUUGAUGAUUUGCACUAUCUGCUCUAAAUGUUUUUUAUCUCUGCAAAUGAAAUCUCAGUAUCAGAUUAUAUGUAACAGAGUAAAUGCUGUUUGCUCUGCUUUUCAAUUAGCAUGGUAAAAAAAAUAAAGAUGAAAUAUGAAGAGACA